CUAGCUAUCAGGCUGGCGUGACAUGGUGCAUCGCAUAUUGGGAGAGCGCCCUCCACCGGAAGUGAUCAGGGGGAGCGGUUUGCGCUGCACGUGGUUAGUUCAGACCUUCUCGCAUCUCCUCGAAGAUGCUGAUGAAGGCACCAUUUCGAGGUACGCAAGGCGUACCUCUUAUACUUGAUAGGAGUUGUGUUGUUUGCUGAUAAAAAAAACAACCAAAUACAGCUCCUUUACUUAACUUUACUUGACGACCCAUGGGAGCACAUUGCCGAGUAUAGCUGGGGCUCCGCAGCCCUUAGAUACCUGUAUAGGAGGCUAUGUGGUGCUGCCCACAAGAACGUCAAGGAGAUUGCGGGGCUAGUAGUCAUAUUACAGGUAAUAAAAAUAACAUUUAAUUCUAAUCCGUUGUAGUUGAAUUACAUACUAAUUACAUUUCCAAUGUUCAACUGUGGGCGUGGGAGCAUAUUCUUAUCGGCCAACCUUACAGAACCAUUGGUCGUGGUGAUACUGCUCCUCCACCACAACCCCCACCAGAUGCUGCGUACGGUUCAAGGUGGAAUUUUGCAUGCCGGACGCGCAAGCACACCGACACCGAUCUCGGAUUCUACCGAGAUCAGUUAGACCUGCUACGACCCAACCAGGUAAAUAUUUCAGUACUCAUUAACAUUAGUACAAUUUAAUUAACAUAUCACUUACAUUUUCAUAACAUGUAUUUUAGUUUUUGUGGGACCUAUACCCUGCGGAAGCCUAUGCAGCUGUACCCGAGCACUUGGGGUUUCAUUUAGGUGCGUGGAGGGCUUCUAUGCCACUCAUAUGCUUCGACAUUGUUGAAGUACAUCUACCAGAGUGCGUACUGCGUCAAUAUGGGUUGGUACAGCGCAUCCCACUGCCUUGUGACACUGAACCCUAGCUGCACCAGAUUUCGCGCAAAAAUCAGGAUACGGCAAAUUAGAUGGACAUCAGCUGGCGUCACAUCACUCGUUGGGAUGGUAGACUGGAGCUGCUGGCACAAGGUGCGCCGAUCGAUGUUCAUGUCGCCCUACUACACCAGACUACAUGCCGUGGUUCCUCUCCAUCACGCGCCGAUGGAUGACACCAUGUGCCAUCUUCGCAGCAGCACAUUACGCACCUGCUGCGCCUACGAUUACCCAAUUUGAACAAGGUGCGGCAGUAGUGAUGCGGUACAGCCACGAGGAGCCGGUGAGGGAGAUUGCGCAUGGCAUGCUCGUCGGCUCGCAGUUCCAGCACUUCAUACCGGAAGUCGCUGCAGAGUCCUCACCGACUACCGCCCAUACGCACGUCUCAUCUCCUACUUAUGACUAUCAUUUGGAGGAGAUGGACCAUUCAUACCCCGUUGACGUUGCGGGGACCUCGUAGGCUGGACCAUCACAGUAUCAGUCCCAUCCACUGCCAGAGCGACACCCGAACACCUCUUACUACUGUAGAAGGCG